UACGGUAACCUCACUGUGCGUUCGGACGUCUACCCGUGAGCAUGUGUCUAAAUGAUCGACUCGCGUAGUGUUGCACCUGUUACCAUGCUACAGCCAAGGAGACCUCCAGUUCCUCACUGGUUUGGAUAUUUUUGUGUCUUCGUUUUGGUGAAUUUGUGUUGUCAUCAUGUUCAUACAGGAAAUGCAGCAGAGUUUCCCACAAAUAGGAUACACAAUGGAGAAAGAUUUAGACGAAAUGAUGGAGAUGUGACGGUCCUCUCAUUGGAGGAGAAUGCCAAGAGCCCUCGGGCACUUGGGGUGCUGUCUUCUACAGCAAGGACCUUCGUACAGGCAGGCACCACCACAGAAUUCACUACGCAGGUGUUGGGAACUACUCUAGGGACGACAUACGCUCGUCUCCUCAGCACUGGGUCCAGAGUCUUCUACGACAACUCCCCAAGACCUAAACCGACUGACACUUUCCUAGUCUUUCCUACGGUGCUACCGAAAAUCCCUUUGGAUUCGACCAAAGCCAAAUCUCCUGCCGAGAGAGAGGGUCAACAGACACAGUCACUGGACGAUGUGGCCAAAGUUCAGGAAAUAGUUGGUAAUCAUGAAAACUACAAUAAGCUAACAUUAGACGACCUUUUCGACUUGUCCGAUACGAGGCAGAACGUUCAAAAGGUUUUGCCUCCAGUCGCUGGAGAUGAAAGAGAGAAUGUAGUAUCGGUAAGAAAGGAAUACUCUGUCAAGAGGAAUAGUGAGAUUAAACCGGCCAACGUAAUUAAAUCUAACAAUGAUUUGCCUACUUUUACCGUCCGUCAUGAGUUUGCUCCUAGUGGAUUCUCCUUGGAUGACCCACAGGAAAAGAAAGAAGAUGUCGCAAAACCAGGAAAACGAAAUGGAAAAGCAUUAUUUAGAGGAGGUAUACCGGUGAAACAAGAGAAAAAAUUAGAUACAGUGACGUACUUUGGAUUCGCUGAUUUCAUGACUACAGUCGGAGAUACAGUUAUUGUAUUCAUGCCAAAGACUCCAGAUCCUCAACUUGCUGGUGCUGUCACGUCCAUCACAGGAGAAGCUACAUUACGUCCAGAGGAUGCGGCCAUGCCGGUGGUGACGAGCAUCAAAACGUUCAUGUCCCAUUCACCUGGAAUGGCAACAAAAACCGUAACAGGCCACUCCUUGAGCAUGCAUACAACUCUACCAACAAUACAAGCUGAUGCUGCUUUAAGAGAAAGCAAGGCUUAUGAACCGGUAUACGUUCCUCAACCUCCUUCUGAAAAUGAAAACAGGUUUGGUAUCAGUCCGUCAUUUCCAUCUCCCGACUACAAUGAAUCCAUACAACCGAGUAUUGAAGACACUUCUGACGAUGUGAAGUCACAAUCCGUUGCAACUGAACCUUUAUCAACAUUUGCAACGACAUCUACUCAAGUCUACAACCCAGCAACUGAUGGUUUAGGCCUCCUUAAAUCCAUUGGUGGAACUGAGUCAUUUAAUGGUACGACUACAGUAUUCACAUCAUUUGUUUUCGGCACUGUUAUUGAUGGUGCUUAUAAACAAUUAAUACAAUCGGCAUCGAGUGUCUUGAUAAAUGUUGGAGGCGAUGUAAUAACGACUACUGGAGUUGGUCUUGGUAUAGCUCCUAGUUCUGCGUCAGCUAUAUCAAAGUCUCUUGACAAUAAAGACGUUGUUUUUGCGUCUGAAAUUGAAACUACAGAAGGAGUUACUACUGAAGGUAGCUCGUCGGAUACAACACAAAGAGAUGCCCAAGUGAUGUAUCCUGAAGAAACCACAUCCGAAAAUGAGCUUUCUAACGAAGUCGAUACUGCCCGAAAAAUCGAUAAUCGAGGGCCAGAACAAACAAUAGUCCAAGACGAAUAUAAUAAUCAACAGUCCACACCUGGAUACAUUACAAGAAUUGUUCCUUCAACAGUUUAUAAGACAUUUACUUAUUUGACAACUUUCUUUAUACCUGACGAAAAUGGUGGUCAGACGACAUCCAUAAAAUCAAGAGAAGUCACUUCUGAAGAUGUUAUGUACGUUACAAAAUUAAUCGACCCUGCGGUUGCAAGUACAGUAAGCCCUACAGUAGCACCUUCAGAUAUCACAACAGAAUCAGUUAUAACAACAACUCCAGAGGAAACCACCAUUGUCACAGAAGAAGCUAAAACAGAAGGAACUACUCCGCAAAUACCUAUCACAAGUCCAGACAUAACAACAGUACCAAUGGUGACAACAACAGAAGAGGAAACAGAAGGAGAGGAUGAUAAAACUACUCUCUCCCCAACAACACCGAAAGUGCAAGAAGAAGAGGUAGAUCUUAUAUUCAAAACGUUGUACACAACAUACACUUACUUAACAACAUUUUUCCAGGAGUCGUCCACAAGUGUGUCCAGCAGAGAAGUGGUAGUAACAAACGUUGUCACAACUACCCUAGAUAAUGCCUUUGCAGCAGACCCUGCUAUUGCAGGGCUGUUCAAAAAAAGUCAAUCAACAAAUGUUCUUUCACCAUCAGAAAUUGUGGAUGUUGUUCCUACGAGUGUGGGAAUAGGAAGGCCCACAACUAAGUACUUUGAUGAUUCGGAUGCUAUUGACGAUGAUCACCUUUUUGCUUCAACACUGGAAUCUGUAGAUGUAGUAAAGGAGCUGCAAAGUGCAACCCCAAGUCUGGACAGUGUAAACGAGAUAAAUGAAGAUGGAUAUAAAACAUUUUACACUACAUAUACAUAUUUCACAACUGUAUUUGUUGAUGGUGAAACAGAGGUUGAAAGCAGAACAGAAGUUUAUACAAAUAUUGUUACACCAAGUGGAGUAAUAUCCAAUAUUAAACCUACCUCACAGGUUCAGCUUUUUAGCUCAGAUUAUGUAUCGGUGUUGCCUGACGAACAAGUGGAAUCACCAGAAGAUUUGCCAGAAGCCAACACAGUCUUGUCACUAAAAGCAAGUCCAACAAGAGUCUAUGAUAAAACUAUUUUGAGGCCUAAAGUAAAAGACAAUGAGGUUGCACCAGUAUCUGAGUCUUAUUAUGGACAAAUAGGCAUUCAAGCGUCAAAUGUUGAUGAUGCUUACAAAUACGACACCACAAUGUCUCGUGGUCAUCCAAGCAAUAAAGAUUCAACGACAAACCAAGAAGAUGAUGAUCAAAGUGACAAAGAGCUUUCAAAGGAGGAAAAAUUACUUUUAGGAAUUUCCUCACCUCAAGAUUCAGAUGUUCUCCAAACUGUUGUAGUGGAUGUCACUAGUAGUAGUUCCGGUGGAAGUAGAAAAGUAUACAGAGAGAGCUAUGAUGACCCUGACGAUCAAAUAACUUCAGAGAGUAACACAGAAGAAAUCGAGCCAUCUUUUUCACCGACAAUAUUGUUGCAAACCAGUUACACCACUUUUACCUACUUCACAACGGUCUAUAAGGGCACAACUAGUGAUGUCAUCAGUAGGCUGGACACAGUCACAAAUGUUGUAACUGAGACACUGGGACCAUCAGAUAUUGAAGAAUCACUAAGUCCAGAGGAAGCAACGCUUCCUAUAACUUACUUUACUACUUUUACGUAUUGGACUACAUUGUAUAAAGAUGGAAGUACUAUGGUGACAAGCAGAGAGGAAACAGUUUCAAAUAUUGUAACGCCUACAGUAGAAGAUAUGGAGAAAACAGAAAGUAUUAAAAUAACUCCGACCACAGAAAGAAAGCUCGUUCUUCCAACCGUUCUCACCUCUAUAGUUGGUGAAAAUUCUGUUGACUCCACAUUGGAGCCCAAGCAGCUUGAUUCUAGUGGAACAGAAACAACAACAGAUCCAAUAGUUAUAACACCAUCGCCUACUACCCCAGGUAACUUUCCAGACAGAAUAAGUGGCGAUAACAAUGAUGAAGUCAAGAUAAAUUAUAAAGAAAAUUCUACCACUUCAACACUCGACUUAGAACCGACGACAUUUUAUACAACCUACACUUACUUUACCACUUCAUAUAUAGGUAACAGCACUGUGUUAAAUAGUCGUUUAGAAACUGUAACCAAUAUUGUAACUCCUACAGCAGAGGUGCCUGAGGGUAAAGAUACUAGCUCAACAGAUUCUGAUGAAAAUAAAAAUAACGAUACUGUAAAUGCUACUCAAAACUCUGUAGGCCUCAAUGUAAAGCCAACAGGUCUCAUAUCAACAAUUAGAACAAGUGAAGUUAAUAACGGAAUCACAACACUCUUAUCUACUGAUGUAUUUGGAACUUACAUUGAUGGCUUGUACGCUCAGAUAUUGGAGAGUUCAACACAAAUUGUUUCACCGACAGUUUCUCCAUCAUCAACCUCUGUGGUGACACCAGAAACUCAACCUACCGGCAUAGUUUCAAUUAACGAAGGGAAGAUAGUUGAUGCUGAUGGUAUAAGUACAACUUUUUUCACCACAAAGGCUAUUGGCACUUAUGUUGACAAAUUGUACGCUCAAGUUGUUGAAAGCACAUCAUCGGUCCAAAUAGAUGAAGAAAGGAAAACAGCGACUCCAUCUCUUGAUCCAUCAACAACUGUAGUUGGUUCUAAAACGUACAGAACGGGAUUAGUCCGACUAGUAGAGGGGUCCAUUGUAAAAGAUAAAACUACAACUUUUUAUGAAUCAAGAGUUAUAGGAACUUUAAUAGAUGGUAGGUAUGCCCAAAUAAUAGAAAGUACAUCUAGUUUCAAAGUUGAAAUGAAACCAACACAAGUCCCUGGCAUAUCUGCUUCGUCAGUGUCAAAUGUUGGAGCAAUAAACCCAACUGCAACUGCAUCAACAUCGCCUUCACCAGCUGUUAUUGAAAGCUCUAUCGGUGAUGAAUCAGAUCAAGAUAAUGAAGAUAACGAACAUGAAUAUGAUGAUGACAGCUCAAAAGGAAGAGGUAAAUCCAGGCUUUCAUUUUCUAGUAGAAAGAAAACUUUUACUCCUGUCAUAAGACCUUUUGCUUCGAGGCCACGUCCGACAUUUUUACCAAAAAAGAAGACAGGAGACGUCGGAAGUGCAACAACAAUUACAAGAAAUGCAUUCACUCCAACAAUAACUGCAACUCCAGCUGUAAAGUCAAGUGAGAGAGGGUUUGGAUCAAGCAGAAAUAGAUUCUCAGGUGGUCGACGAACAAGCUCUUCAAAUGUUAUUCAAGCUACAGCUUCUGCAUCCUCCGGAAGAAGAUUUUCUGGAAGACGAGGAAGCCCUACAGUUAGUAUUAGUCAAGCAUCUUCUAGCCAAAGCAAUUACAGAGGAAGGUCAAGUGCCAAAAUAUCCCCGACAGCAACAGCUUCAUUUGGUUCCAACUCAAGACGGGGAUCCUUUAACUACAGAACAUCAUCAGCCCAGCGUAAUUCUUCUCCCCUUGUUGGAAGUUCUAGAUUUAGAAUAAGACCAACAGUGUCGUCAGGGCCUGGCAGACCUCUGCAGACGGUGACUUCCACUACUGAAGAUAUUGUAAAUACAAAUGACAUUGGUGGGACAACAGUUGUAACUGAAGAUUCACUUUUCACUGUUCAAGAUGAAGAACAUGAGACAUCGCCUCCAGUUACUACUACCGAAUCUUCUAGACGAAGUAAUAAUCCAUUACUUCGAUUUAGAAGGCCUCCAAUAUUACAGCCUAGGUCAACAACUACGACCACUCCUAAGCCUUCCACCACUCCAGCUCGCAGAAGUAAUUUACUUCGCAGACCUGAUAGCAGGGGAGCAACAGCAACUACACCUGUAACACCCACCAGAAACAGACCAGUCCCAACAUUUCCACCAAGAAAUCGUCAAAGGCCAUCAAAUAGCCUAUUCCCUCCAAGGGGUCUUUUGAGGAAGCCAACUCCAGCUGAAGAAGCCGAGGAAAAGGAGGAUGACAAAAUAGAUGAAACUGAUCAAAAUGAUGCAAAAUUGGAUGAAGAGAAUGAUUUUGCAGAUAAUGAUUACGAGGGUUCUGAACAUUCGGAGUCCCAGCAUUCAAAUGAAACAACACCCAUUUCAACCACAGAAUCAACAAAAACAGACCGUAGAGGUAAAGCCUUAAACACAGUUCAAAUCAGACCAUUCCAAGGAUUCAGACGUUCUAGGACAAAAAGGCAAGCUGUUGAAUAUGGUACCAGAAGAUAUCAGAGUCGAUACCAAAGACCAACAUCUAGAACUCCAUCCGUUGAUUACUAUGUGGAUGAUACUGAAGCACUUGUGCCAGAAACUCCCACAACUCGAUCGCCAAAUAGAUAUACACCUAGAUCAAGAGGACAAACAGCACAAACCCAACCAAGAGUUCGACCAACUAAAGCCUCAUCAACUGCUUCAAGAGCUCAAUUUACUUUAAGAGAUAAAUCAUCGUCUCAGUCAGCAAGGACCGACUUCAAAAGGCCAACAUCAAGAAGGAGAACAUCAACUUCCGAAACAACUACGGUUCAGAGGCCAAAACCUCCUAGGCUUAGAACUCAAACAACAUCUCAACAAGACACAUCAUACAACUCAAGAAACAGUGGUAGAAGAUUCACUAGUAGAGGAAGAACCUCAACUAGAUCAAGGUAUCGUGACAAUACUGACUUUGAUACAUAUUCUUUUUCCCCUUCCAGUUUUGAUGGAACAAUAACUGUUACACAUCAAGUUCCAACAGAAGUUACUAUUCCAGUAAUAAAUGGUAAGGUAACGGAGUACAAAAACGUUAUUACAGCAAAACCUAGCUUAGAAAUAUUAGGACCUCAUCAAUACACUACAGCAACUGCUAAGAAUGGAAAUAUAGUAAUUCAGUUGACAAGUGAUAUAACGAGCACACUUCCUAAUGGAGUAAUGGAGGUUACCAAAUUUGUCGUUUAUGAGACCCCAACUACAAGUAUCACAUUCACACCAACAACAUUAAGGGGGAGGAAAACGUCUUUUUCACAUAUUGUCCCAAGCACUGUUUAUGACGUUAGGCAAGAAGUCAGUACUGUUCAACCUGAUAUAGCAGCAAAUGCACCUCUUGCAAAUCUUCUGUUAUCUCAACUUCUUCUUGGAAAUUUGAAUCUUCAGCCAAAUCCACAACAAAUAAAUCCUCUUCUGGGUCUACAAAACCAACAAGUCGUCCCACCAACACCAACAACAGAAUUUAAAACUAAAACAACUACUUAUGUAACAACUGUAACAGACCAUACAUCUACCGUUUUACCCUUGACUUUUAGAGGAAAAGAAAUUUUGACAACUAUAGUAGAUAGCUCAACUCAAGUCAUUACAGCUACUGAAUAUUUGACAGAGACUGUUGUUGUCACUCCCACUGCAGCAAUAGCUAACAACCCUCAGCAGAUCAAUUCUUUGUUGUUGCCUGCACUCCUACAAGCUCAAUUACUUUCUCCUCCUCAGCCUACCAUUAACCCAUUGUUGGGAACACUUCAACAACAAAUAGUUCCGCAAGACAUCUUGAAUAUCCAAGAAGAAAAGUUACAAGUAGAUGAACCUUCUCAGAGGUUUGUCUCUAGAAGAAGACCAGUUGAAGAAGACGAAAAGACAUCUUCAAUGGAAGUUGAAGUUGAUGAAAUAGUAGAACAACCAAAACCAGAACAAAAAACACGGAAAAAGGUCAAAUCUAAAAAUAGUAAUAAAAAGCCACAAGAGUCCCCACCUCCAGUGAUACAAGAAACAAGUGUCAUAACCUUGUAUGUAUCAGGUCGAAGACCUGGUGAUUUCAGUACUAUAUUGUCAACCGUAACUUUGGGAGAAGAGAGUUCAGUCACACUACGCAAACGAGAAGCUGAAUAUAUAGUUGAUGAUAUAGAAAACUACAAGGUUGAAUCUUCAAAAAUACCAGAAAUAGGCAGUUCAUUUUCAAUCCCAGAAGAUAACUAUUUAGGAUAUUAUGUUAUGUCAGCUUUAAACGAAGUUCCUGUUGAAGAAAGUGAAGUAGAAACUCAAAGUUUAGAGAGUAUUGUAGGCGAUGUUAGCAAAUAUUUAACAACAGAUCAGUCAAAGCUUAGGACAGAGUAUAUAAUAGCGAAGCCUUCAAAGAGUAGUCAAGAUCAAUCAACAGAAGACUCAAAAGCCUCUCCAUCAAAAAUUAAGAAAGUUACCGGUCAUUUUUUAUCCAAAAGCCCCGCUGAAACUGCUCCAAGUCAGCGGAAAGGCAACCAAUUCGAUUGGAGCAAAGUAACAAUAAAGAAUACAGACGAUUCUAUUUUUUUAAGGCAUAACAAAUCAGUAAGAAUCAAACGUCAGGUUGAUGGCACAAAUUUCGACCAACCAAGAAGAAAACGAGUAAAGGUUCGGGUACCAAUCCAAAGGAGAAUAAAUAUUGAUGAAGACUUGACUCCAUCAGAAGCUCAGAGAUCUCAUGAUGUUACACAUCAAGACAUUUUACAAACCCAAGAUGUUCUUUCUAGCCUGUCAGAUUUCGGAACUAAAAAGAUAAAAGUCAUAAGAAAACGUCCAAAGAAUGAAGAAGUAGAUUUUAUAGAAACAUCCACUGAACAAGCCGUACCAGCACGUAGACGAGUUGCGGUAAGAAGAAGGCGUCCUGUCAGUUCCGUUGAACCUGAAAACAGUUAUGGUUCUCAAAGCAAUUUUAAUGAUGAAAAUAUCCACAGUGCUGCCGGUACAUUCAAUGAAGAUAGCUAUCCAUUACCACUGUCAGAUACAUACAAUCAAGAUGGUGGACAAAUUUAUUCAACUGAAAAAUUACCCUCAAUUGAACCUGCGAUUAGAAGAAAGAAGGUGCUGGUAACAAGAAGACGGCCAGUGCCAACACCGAGUUUAGUUGAAGCAGCAACAAAAAGAAGAGUAAAAGUUACUAAAAAAAGGCCUGUAACUAAAACUGAAGAGCCAAUUACACCUGAAACCCCAGCAACAAUAUUCUCAAAUUUUUUCUUGAACUUGCAAACAGAUUAUGACUAUGAGAACCCUACACUGAACACCAAUUUUGAACAGACAAUUGACGACACAAACUACAAUGAUGAAGAUGAUAGAACUGAAGAAUGGCAAGUAAAUUCUGAACUAGGACUGAAGGACGUUACUGAGGAAGUAGAUGAUGAAAAUGAGCCUCGUUUGCAAUACAACCCUAACUUAAGUGGUCAAAACCAUAACUCUGACAUUCAAGAAAGUAUUGUUUGGUUUUAUGAACCAACAGAUAGCAUAAUUAUUGAUAUCACACCUACUGUGUCCAAUAUACCAUCAAAUGUUGCAACAGUCAGUAGCGUUGUCAAAUCUGAACUUUCUUUUGCUGAAGAUAAUGAAUAUUCACAACCUGUUACUGAAGAGUCGAGGGAACAAUCAGAACUGGAGAGUGUAAAGGAAGAAAAUGGACACAUAACUGGCAAUAGUGCACUUAACUCAGCUGCUGAAGAAAUAAACAAUAAAUCAAUUGCACCAGAUAUUACAGAGUACAAAGUGUCCGAAGCUCCUGUUCAGACUCAAGAACAUUUCGAAUUUGAAAACCCGCCAAAGUUUGUUCGGCCAACAAAGUCUUCUGUGACAAGAAAACCUUCCAGAAUUAUAACUGGCUACCCUGGAACAAGAAGACGCAACCCCACAACAACUAUCUCUACUACUUCAACUGCUCUCCUUGAGACAAGAACCUCCUCUCUUGUACAGUCUGAAGGACAAGAACUUUCAGUAAGCGAAUUUAUCCCUUCAGAAAUUAAGCCAACUAUUUCACAAGAAACUCUGAACACUUUUUCCCCUAUAAAAUCUGAUAGUCUAUUUACUUCAAAUCUGCCGAUAGAACAAUCAAUGUCCGAUGGUUUAGAGGAAAAGGUACAUACCACACCAGCACUGGUCGAACCCUCUCUCAGUGAACCUAUGGAAUCUGUUUCUCCUGAAAUUUCUGUUACUCCUACAUCCUAUCUAACAACCAUAGUUACUUCAACUAGACUCCGAACUUACACUUAUGUUGUAACCCGAGUUAGUGGGAACGAAAGUAUAAUAACCUCUUCUACCUCUGUCAAACCUGCCACAAAGACGCUCACACUCACUAUUCCAGUCCUGGCCUAUACUGAUUCAGCAACAGCAUUAGAUGAAGGAAGGGCAUUCCAGUUGGCAACAAAGAAGAUGAGUAAUGGGGUGGAAGUGAUUGUGGCUGGCGAUCGCACAACUAUGCCAGGUCAAGACAUUCUGCGAAGGCUACCCUCCAGUCUGACACGUCCAAUCACGCUAGCUCCGAGCACACUCACAGACACGAUGAUGAUGUUGCUUCCUCAAGACUCCAACCAGGAGACUCAAGAGCUAGUAACUAAAACUUACCUGACAACGUACACAUAUCGAACCACCCUACUUGAGGGAGGGGAAACGGUGGUGUCCAGCCGAGAGGAGGUAGUCUCAAACGUAGUCACUGAGGAAAGGAGACCUUCUGUGGCAGUCACUCCAACACCUGUUACUAAGGUGACUUUGACAGCAAGUCCAAGUUUGGCAACAGGGGUUUUCCAUACAACUUACACGUAUCUGAAUACCCUGGUGGAUGGGGAGAUACCUCUAGUGUUGACCUCGAAGAGGGUAGUCUCCAACACUGUGACAGCACCAGAGGAUCUUCUCCAACCAUCAGAGCCUCCAGGACAAGACACCAACACCUAUCUCAACACUGUUUCUUUCACAAAAACACUUGCAGAUGGUGCAGACUUCAAAAUAGUCAGUACAGAGGACGUGAUGACCCAAGUUAUAAUCACUGAAAGUGAUAACAAAGCAUCCUCUGUCGAGAUCAAACCCACAGCUUUAACAACAGAUAUAGUAAAGACAUAUUUUGUAACUUACACAUACUUCAGUACAAUGCUGGAUGGAGAGGAUACUAUAGUUCAUUCUGAGGUGGCAACAUCCUCUGAUGUAGUCACGGAGAAGUUUGUAAUACCACCAAAAAGGACAAGUACAAAUCCAGAGGGAUCAGAAAAUGUCAAAGAGAAAAUUACAUCCACAAGGGCUCCAGAAUCUGUGUCCACAUCUGAAAGCCCAAUAAAUGUCUUAGCCACUAAAACUUAUCUUACAACAUUCACAUACUUCACAACGUUACUUCAAGACAACAAUGGGAAACCUUCAACCAUUGUCAGUUCAAGAACCAACGUUGUUCAAAAUAUUGUAACUGAAACGCUUAACACAGAUUUGUUGGACUCUGAAUAUUUGUCAUCCCUUCGAAGCUCCUUGCAGAGUGAUGGUUUGCCAAUAAUUGCAACAGCAACUCUAAAUGAUGGGCAAAAGAUGGAAAUCACAGCAUUUGGAGAACAAUCUGUAAAACAGACUGCAUCACCUGAACUAUCUUCAUCCUUUGAAGAAACAUCGUCUAACAACAAUGUUAUUACUGGUUCAACAAUAAUAUUUUUUGAUGAAAAUGACCAAAUUGAUAAUGUUACACCAACCACAACGAGGACUUUAAUGGUGGAUGUUGCUGGUCACACCAAAGCAAACCAACCCACAAAUGCAGAAAACCAUGAAAGUACAGAACCGAACACUGAAAAUUUGCAAUCAGAAUUCCUAUCAGCAGCUGAGUCACAAGCUCUAACAUUAACUUCUGGAGAAUCGGAAGCGGAUGAGUCUCAACAAACAUAUGAAACAUCUAUUUUAGCAAGCUCAACUGUUACAAAGAACGGGGCAACUAUUAUGCCAGGAGCUCAAGUGAUAAAGUUUAAGGAUCCGAAUGGAAAUGUGUCCAUCAUACCAGUAUCAGAUCCAGUUAGUAAGCACCCAGACGGAACUCAAGUCUCAGGAACCAACUCGGCAGUCAGUAAUCUACUAAGUUUGGGGUCUCUGGGAAUAAACAGUUUGAAUGCCUUAGGGCCAGUGAUCAAUGCCAUGGCUGGGUUGAUAAAAAAUAAUCUAAAAUCAGAACAGAGGAGAAGGAAUGAUACUUUAGGAGUAAAUGCAAAUGAACCUAGUGAUAUGCAGUUCAAAAAGAAUCCUCUAUUGACUUACGCUGGCCCAAAACCCCCACCAGCUCGAUCACCAAUAUACAUUCCUGUUGGAGGAAUGGCAGCAGAUUCUGUAGCCGAGGAAAGCCAAAACUUAGAGGGACAUAAUGUUUUCCCAGACACAAACCAAAGAAAUAAACUGACUGUAGUGGUAGGCAGACCAACAAUGGAGAGUCCUCUUUUGGCUGGAGGAAUUCCUAUCAGUCCUGGACAAGUAAUCACAGCAAACAGUGACGUCAUCAUUGGAAGGCCUGCUGUUCAUGGACCGAGGCCUCCAGUUCUAGACUCUAAACCAUACAGGAAAGAUGACACACCUAUUGGGAUGAAACCUCCUCCACCGCCAAAACGCAAACCAAAUUGGCCAAUGAGAGAUCAUACUGGUCAUUACAUACCACUUGCUCAUCACUCAUCUAGAGAUCCACCUCACCGUCAGUCUCUUCCUCGUGAGCCUCCAUAUAAGAAUAUCAAAGAACAUCUUCAAAACUAUGAUACAAUCAACUUCAAUCCUGAGUUUUUCAAACAUCCUGAAAACUUUAAGAAACAUCCCUUGGCUAAUAAUAAUAAUAAUAGACCAUUCAAUCAUAAUGAAUUCUUUAUUCCUCCACCACGAAAAGAACCGAGCAAUGUUAACUACCAACAAACAAAUAAGCCAUAUUAUCCUCCUCAACAGAAUAUUCCAGUUUACAAUAACAUCCCCAAUAACAAUUUUGAUGUUAGACCAACUGUUCACUCAGAUACCGAAACAUUCAAUUCAAUAAACAGCCAGAAAGAUCAUGUAGGUCCAAUUCAGCAAGCACCAAUCCUCUUACCAGACAAUACUGACUUUGUAGAUCAGUCUUCUGUCAAUCCUCUUCUAGUCAACAUUCAACCAUCUCAAGUGGCAAACGUAAUAAUACCUCACGGUAGCUCUACAGCAUUGAUUUACAGUGGGGAGCAUAGUCAAAAGGGUGAAAUAUUCAAUGACCCUUCUCCGUAUCCUGAUGCAGUAGUAGACCAUGUGGUUGAUGCCUUGAGUACUUCAAGACCUGCUCCAGAGGGAGAAGGCAUAACACACGAGGCUAGAGUACCAAUAAAUACCAACAAUCUGGAUGUGCCAGUUGCACCUCAUGGGAUCAAUGUUGCUGCUGGAAAUCAACAAGUAUUCAAACCUGACCAACAAAAUCAUCAAGCACAUCGUCAUGACCAAAAUGAAAGAAGACCUAUACCGAUAAACACUAAUAAUAAAAUUGUUAAUCAAGACUAUUACUUUACUGAUGUUACCAAUCAAGGCCAGGACUAUGCUCCAGGUCUAGGAGAGUACUUAAAACCACCACCUCCGCCUCCGACUCACGGAAGACCUAGUGAAGAUGAAUAUGUGUUCGGAGAAGAGCCAGAUGACCAAGAUGGUGGAGAAGUAAUCCAAGAGUCCAACCCAAGACCACUGAGACCGGGUCAACUUCCCCCAGAGUUGUCAUCUCAUCCAUCAACGAGUAUGCCUAUAGAUCCAAUCGAUGAUGAUAGGAAAACCAACUCUGAAUAUUAUACUAACUAUAAAAACAGACCAGAUAGAUUAGCAAGGCCUGAAGGAGAUAUUAACUUUUCAGUCGUAAACUCAAAACCGGUUCAGCUUGAUGGUCUUUCAAGUAUCAACAAUCAAGCUCCUAUCAUCAAUGGGCGACCUGGUGUGAAUCAGUUUACUGACAAAUCCCAAGCAACACUAGCCGUUGGCUCCCCAACAAAACUUAAACCCGAUGGAUCACUGGUGUUUCCACAAGAAGAAAAGGGAACCAUAAAUUCAAAUGACAGACCGGUCAGUGGUAAUUUCCUAAACCCAGCCCUAUUUGCUGCUAUUGGCAUUGGGAAUCAUCAUGAAGAAAAACCAAUGGUGGUGGAACCAGUUUACUAUGAGAAUAAGAAGCAACCAAAACCGGUGCGUGAUAACACAGUGGAAACCAUGAAUCUAGAUGAGAAACUACCACUUCCACCUAUGUUUGAAACACCACCACCACCUCAGAACCCUGGACAAGUUGAAUCCAUGAUUCAAGGUGACAUUCCAAGGCCAUUUAGUUCUCCAAGUCCAUCUCAGAGUCAGUUUGAUAGAACUUCUCAACAGGAUGACUCAGUCCUUGGACUCUCGCCUCCUCCUCCACAACACAUGUAUACAGUUCAUGAAGACACAUCACCUCGACCUGUUCUUACUCUUGGAAAUCCUCUAAGAAGGCCAAUACUUCCUCAAAGAAAACCAAAGCCACCUCCUCCUUACAAGUUUGAAAUCCCUCACCUUCAACCUAACCAAGAACCACCACGAUCGACGUUGCCACCAAAACUUGAACCACCUAUGCUUCCUGAAACAUUGUCACCUCCACCAUCGAAACCCGAGGAAGACUACUUCCUCAAAGCGGUGCAAAAAAGACCUACAUCAAACGAAAAUACAGAGCCACAACAGCAGUGGAAUCCGCAAAGUGAUUCAAAUACUAUAAUAGUUCCACAACAAGACUCUAUCAAUCCAGUACUAAAAGGGGUGUUGACUGUGGAAGAACAUUCUCAACAGCCCGAGGUAAUCACUGCUGAUUCCAAGGUUGUACUGACAAACGUCAUUAACGGUCACCGACUGAAGCCAGAAGGAAACAUUAAAAUCACUGGAUCACAGCCUUCACUACAAACAGUUGUUGUGGGUAAGCCUGUACCAGUACCUGUAACAGAUAUGAUGCCAGAAAUUAUAAUUAAACCAACAGCUGUUGAAACAACAAACAUCUCGGCGGAUUGGAAAGACGGAUUUGUUGUGGGCUCUGAAACAAUCUUAGAUGAAAAUCAUCAUUUUGCCACUCCAGUCAAGGAUGAUUCAAGACCAAGCAUUAGUAAGAAUAAGCCAUCAUCUGUAUUGGUUACAACUGGGGUUACAACUAUCUUUGGUAAUCUUUUCACAAGACCAACAAUGACAACAAAAGUAAUCAAGCCAACUAAGACGAGUCAAAGUCACCAUUCUGUGAUAAGCGUAGUAGUCGAACCACGAGAAAAUCAAACAAAGUCUAGUGGCAAAGUGGAAAAUGUUAAAGAAAACAAAGAUCACCACAAAAUAGUGUUGACAGUUGAGGGUCUUGAAGAUGAACUGGAAGAAUCUGAUGGUAUAGUGACAGCUCCACCUCCAUCAACAUUUGUUGUUACUCACACUCAAACAACAACUGUAACCGCAACAGAAACAACUGUGGUGCACAGUAAGGGUCAAGAACCAUCGACACAUACCUUGGUUGUAACUAAAACUCAAACUUCAACGCUUCUUGACACAGUGACGGAAGUACACACAUUGGUGAAACAAACAAGCAUCUUAUCAACAGUAACAACAACGAUACCUCAAGCUACCUCGACUGUGUACACUGGCACUGUUGAAACCGAAGAGUAUCCCAAAGUUUAUCCUAAAGGUGAUGUAGAAGUGGUUAAACAUGAACCUGAGGAUAGGCAUGAAGAUAAGCCAGCACAUGAUCCUCAUGAUAACGAGUCAAUAUUUGUGGUAAUGACUGACAAAAAGUCUGGUAUGGGAGAUAUCCACACUGUGCCAAUCCCAGACAACAGACCACCUCCUGAGAUCCAGGUUCCAGACGAGGCAAAUGAGAUUAGCCCAAAUGUUCUGCUUGGAAACGUGUUCACCCACCAUUCAUCAGACUCUGAAUGCAGACCAGAGUGCAAGGCAUCAAGGAAUGAGCUUUGCCAAAAGAUUGACAACGUGAUGCGUUGUGUCUGCCGUCCAGGAUUUGCUAGAAUGUUCCCAGACAGACCUUGCAAACCAACUUACACGUACACCAUGAGGUUGGUUCUGGACCGAUAUAGCAAGAAUCAUAUCAGAUAUGAAGGUCCCUUGGAGGAUCCAACCUCUGGACCCUACCAACGUCUUGUGGACGCCACAAGGGAAGGUCUGGACCGGAUGGUGAUGCAGUCAGACUUAAGAGACAUAUACCACGGAGUUGAAGUCAGAGGUUUUGAGCCUGCUAGAGAGCCUGACAAUGCUGUUGUUAGAUUUUAUGUUCAGUUGUCUGACAACACGGAAGAAACAAGACUGCAAGAUGUUCUACGCAAAUCUUUGAGGAGUAACAAUUACAGUCUUGGAGGCACAGAAGUUUACGCAGCCAAGGAACAAAUUCAGUAUUUGCUCGCUGAAGAUUUUGAUGAGUGUACGGACACCAAGUUCCAUGACUGUUCGGAGGACGCUCAAUGCUUUAACUUGCGGGGAACUUACACUUGUAGCUGCAAAGAAGGCUUCUCAGAUCUGUCUCCGAACACUCAAUAUCCGGGCCGACUUUGCUCAGCUGAGCAGAUUGGUUGCGAGAGGUGUAACUAUCACGGGACGUGCUACUCACGGAGUGACGAAGAAAUGGUGUGUGAGUGCUUCCAGUGGUAUGGUGGCGCCAACUGUCAGAUCAACCUUAAAGUGCUACUUCUAGUCCUGGUAACAGUAGGGGUGUGCCUGGUGGUGCUGUUGGUGGUAUGUUGUGUUCUUGCGUGUAUGAAACGUAGAGAGGCCCCUGUCAGGACAAGUGGCGGGGGGUUCCGGCGGUACCGUAGUCAACCCGGUACGGGGGACAAGCGGGCCAUGAUCAGUCCCAUGGGCGACACCAGCAGUGAGACAAGCGUGGAGGCAACGCCCCCAGCAUAUAUCAAACAGGCGACCAUGUCAGCCCAGCGACAGAAGGUGCUAAGGAAGGCUAAGGGCCCAGCGCCAGCUCCUCUGCAUGUGCCGAUGCCUGUGGGCUCCAUGGAGCAGAGGGACAGAUCCCUAACUGUCAUGAUCCCUCGGGCCAAGUACAGGCCUGCUCCAUCCCAGCCAUCCAACACUCUGCUCACUAUGAGUACCUUCGGACCCUCUGAGCAGAAGUUACUCAACUACCUCAGUCCUGACACCCCUGGACGCAAUACUCCCGACAAACAGGGUUCAAGAAACACAAGCCGAAAACCAAGUAAUUCUACGACUCAGUCUGAACAGCUUCGAUCACGAAAAUCUUCGUCUCAGCCUGCUGCUCCGAGAAAACCCUCUACAGGAGCUCUAGUCUCAGCUGGCUUCGAGGUGUCAGCAACGGUCGGUCGAACAAAAGAACUGGACGAGGCUUUCCUCGAACCUCACACUGACCUAAGUCAGCCUCAGUUCAACACCAUACGAACUGCAGAGAGCUGCAUUAUUGUGGACAUUCCACCCCCUCCCACCUUAGAGGCAGAACUAGAAGACAUCAUCACUAAAGUUGAUCGACUGACGGUUUCCGAGGCACGAAGCUAUGAUGAGACAACAAUUCAUCCUCCGACAAAAAGUCUUCAUCGCGAUUACGAUUCAAAACGACUUUCCACGAGCUCUCAUCGCAACAACGAUGAGGGCCAUACUAUGGUGGAAAGAGAUAUCGGCUCAACGUUUAUGAUGCCACAAACACAGCUUUUUAAAACAGAUCGACAAGGAAGUGACAUCUCAAACUUCGACUCACUAUGAGAGAUAUUUCCCAGUAGUAACGUAUUUGAGUGACACUCAAUAACUCGUCUGAUGUAUUUAUUAAAGGGACUUCACCUGUACAGACUCUGCCAGGCAACUCCAUCCAUUGUAAAUAAUAUUUUAAUUUAAGAUAGAAAAUAUAGACACUUAAUUUUGUAUUUAUUUUGUAAAUUUUCAUUGAGGACAUUUACAAAGUUACCUCAAGGAAAAACUUUGUAGCUUGAAUUUAUCUUGUGGUCUUUAUCAUUAUUUCAGACUUCUUAGAAUAAAAUAAUUGACCUGAGACCGAUAUGUAAAUCAAACUUUAAUUGUUUUAUUCAGGAGUCUUAGAGAACUGCAUUUUAUGGAAUUGUAUCUUAUUGUAAAAUAUACAUAGUUAUUGGCCAUUCUCUCAUGCUUUGGGUACAAUUUUUUUUUUAUUACAGGUUUGCUAGUAAAAGCUAAUGGUGUUUAUAAUAUUUUCUAUCACUACCAAAUCAUCAAAAAUGAAAAUUCUCACUUAUUUCUAUCUCUAACCAACUUAAUAUUUAUAUGUACAAGAUAACAAUGUCUGUCUGUGGACUUAGAAAAUGCUUAAUGUACAGCAUGACAACUGAACUAUUUGCUCAGGAGUUGACCAUAUCGGGAUUAAACUCGAAUGGUUAGCUCACAUUAGAAACCUAAACUAACAUUUCAAAGAUCACAUCAAAUCUAUCUAGUGACUUAACUUUUUUACAUAAAUUAUAAGUAUCUGUAAAUAAAUAGUAAUUUAUAUUUUGUAUAUUCUAAGGUGCCGGUACGUUUGGUGCAUUGUAAAUAUUACCUAAUUAUUUCUAAUAUACCAGGAUACAUCUGGAUGUAAGUUGUUUGGUCUGAAUCCCUUUUCUGUCCUCAGUUUUGAGAUAGUGCCAAAACAAAAUGCAAAUCGUGUCAUUGUAAAGUAUGCUAGGGCGGAUUUGAAAAUGUUAUAGUUCUUAAUAGAACUGUUUGUUAAUCAUUUAUAUAUUAUUUUAUAUUAAUAAUUGUAAAACAGUACCAAUGUUUAUGUUACUUAUAAUUUUUAAUACUGUGACAUGAUAAAAUAUAUGUAGUCUUAAUGAAAACUGUUUAUAAAUAAACCUAGAAUGUUAA